AUGUCGAAAGACGUCGAGACCAUCGCGCACGCGACAAGGCCCGUUGAGCCGCCCAUUUUAGAGACCAACGAGAAGCUCGCGAUCCACGAGGUAGACGGAGCUCUUGCCUUUCUUCGAAAUGAGGUCGACGCAUCGAUUGCCGACUUGGACGAGAAGGAACUGGUCCGCAGGAUCGACUUUCGCAUCAUGCCCCUCUUGUUUGGAGUGUACGUCCUGCAGUACAUUGACAAGAGCUUGAUCAAUUAUGCCAAUGUCAUGGGUUUGAGCAAGGACACGAACAUGAGCGCGGCAGACUUUUCCUACCUUGCGACCUUCUUCUACGUCACUUUUGCCGUGUUCCAGCCGGUACAUGCCUAUCUGAUGCAGAAGUUCCCAACCGCAAAGUAUCUCGCAGUGAACGUCGUGCUAUGGGGUGUCAUCUUGGCUGUCCACAGUUCCUGUCAUAACUUCAGCGGUCUCAUUGUCGUGCGUCUGCUUUUAGGCGUCUUUGAGGCAUCCAGUGCUCCGUGUCUGAUUCUGAUUACGGGGAUGUGGUACAAGCGUGAAGAACAGCCUCUGAGAGUGGCGAUAUGGUACCUUGGAGUCGGUGCAGGGACGAUCGUCGGCGCCCUCGCGUCCUUUGGCUUCCAGCACUAUACGGAUAAGUCGUUCAAGUCGUGGCAGAUCAUGUUUCUGGUGUUCGGUAUCGUUACCGCCGCCUGGGGAAUUGUUGUCUUUCUAAUCCUGCCCGAUUCUCCCAUGGCAUCGCGCUUCAAUCACAACGAAAAAGUCUUUGCCAUCGAGAGACUGCGCGAGAACCGAACCGGGAUUGAGAACAAGACUUUCAAAAGAGAGCAACUCUCGGAAACCAUGCUGGAUCCCCGGACAUGGCUCAUCGUUGUGAUCGUCAUUGCCGGCAAUGUCCCAACCGGGGCUUGCGGAACUUACUCAUCGACACUGAUCAAAGGAUUCGGGUACACGCCGAAGCAGUCAGCCCUGCUGAACAUUCCGAGCGGUGCCAUCUCGAUGAUUGCGGUGCUGUCGGCGUCCUGGUACGCCGGCAAGUUCAACAACCGUGGGUACGGGAUCGUGGCGCUCUUGCUGCCCGGUGUCCUUGGAGGCGGUCUCAUGGCAUUCCUGCCCAAGAGCGACAAGGCAGGCAAACUGGCGGGUAUCUAUCUCACACAAGUGUUUGGGCCCAACCUGUCGAUGAUGUACUCCUGGGCCGCGGCCAACUAUGCGGGCCACACCAAGAAAAUCAGUGUCAAUGCCACCAUCCUGUUCGCGUAUGGUGCGUCCAACAUCAUCGGACCACUGACUUUCACCGGGUACACGGCUCCGGACUAUAUCCCUGCCAAGGUUGCCAUCAUGGCUUGUUUGUCCUUGGGCAUCGUGACGGCGUUGGUGCUCAGGUACUGGUAUUUCUGGGAGAAUAAGCGUCGGGACCGCGUGGCAGCUGCCGAAGGAUAUGUCCACGUCCCAGACGCCGAGUUUAUGGACCUGACGGACAAGCAAAACCCCGAGUUUAGAUAUGCGUUGUAG